AUGAGUUCCCAAUACUCCCUCUCCCUCAUCGCAGGGACGAUAGCUGUCUUCCUCUACACCCUCACGGUGCUCCACCGCAAAUGGAGGCAGCAUCGCUUCGCCCGGGAGCACAACUGCCAACCACCCCCGCGUAUCCCCUCCAAAGACCCCUUCUUCGGGCUGGAUCGCACCUAUACCACUAUCAAAAAUGUCAAGGAGCACAAAUUCCUGGAGCGCGGGCUGGCCCGUUUCAACGAACUUGGCCACACCAUGACGGCCACUCGGCUCUCUGAAACGAUCAUCCUCACCCGCGACCCCCAGAACAUCAAGACCAUCCUUUCUCUGCGCUUCAAGGACUACGGACUGGGCUCGCGGAUCCAUACUUUCGGUCCCCUGCUCGGCCAUGGCAUCUUCACCACCGACGGCGAGCACUGGGCGCAAUCGCGCGCCAUGAUCCGGCCCAACUUUGUGCGCGACCAGGUCGCCCACCUCGGCAUAUUCGAGGCGCUGAUGGCCGAUCUGAUCGAUCUGAUCCCCGGCGACGGCAGCACCGUCGACCUCCAGGACCUGUUCUUCAGCUACACCAUCGACUCGGCGACGGAGUUCCUUUUCGGGCAGAGCGUGCAGAGCCUGAAGAAGCGCCGCUCGGGCGGCCGCGACGCAGGGGUCGAGGACGACUUCGCCAGCGCGUUCAACUACGCGCAGCAUGCGAUCGCCAUGCGGAUGCGGCUGGGUGCGCUGACCAGGUUCUACCGCGACCGCAAGGCGGAGCGGUGCAAUCGCAUCUGCCACGCGCUGGUGGAGCAGUUUGUCGACAGGGCGCUCGAGGUGCGGGCCCAGGGACUUGACGAGAAGACCCUCGAGGACGGCGACGGCGAGAAGAAACAGCGGUACCUGUUCCUGCACGGCCUGGCGCAGCAGACUGGGGACCGGCGCCGCAUCCGCGAUGAGCUCAUGAAUGUGCUCCUUGCCGGUCGGGACACGACGGCCUCGCUGCUGAGUAACCUGUUCUUCAUGCUGGCCAAGCACCCGCGCAUCUGGGCCAAGCUGCGCGAGGAGGUGGCCUUUUUGAACGGUCGGCCGCCGACGUACGAGCAGCUGCGGAAUCUGACGUAUCUCAAGUAUUGCCUGAACGAAUCCCUUCGGAUGCACCCCGUCGUCCCGGGAAACGCCCGCUUCGCCAACACCGACACCGUCCUCCCCGUAGGCGGCGGACCGGACGGCCAAUCCCCCGUCUUCGUCCCCAAGGGCGCAAUCGUCACGUACAGCGUGUGGUCGAUGCACCGCCGCGAGGACUUUUAUGGCCCCGAUGCAAACGAGUUCCGUCCGGAGCGCUGGGCGGAUCUUCGGCCCGGAUGGGAGUAUCUCCCCUUCAACGGGGGCCCGCGCAUCUGCGUGGGACAGCAGUAUGCGCUUACGGAGGCAGGGUACGUGACGGUCCGGCUGGCGCAGCGGUUUGCGGUGCUGGAGAGUCGGGAUCCGGGGCCGUGGGAGGAGAGUCUGACCCUGACCUUGUGUUCGAGGAAUGGGACCCGAGUGAGUCUGAGGAAUUAG